AUGUUUUUGGGGCUAUUUCAUAAUUACAUAUUCUUGGUAAUACUAAGUCUAAAAAUAAUCCCCAUAAAUGCAUAUUCUCCAUAUAAUUCAUCAUUCACAUCUGAACAUAUACGAUAUUUACAAAAUGAAACACAAGCAUUAUUUGAUCAUUCAUGGAAAUCAUAUAUGAAAUAUGGUUUCCCAUUUGAUGAAAUAACCCCAAUCAGUUGUGAACCUUUAGGACCUGAUUUUGAUGACUAUGAAAAUACCGUUAGAAAUGAUGCUAGAGGGAAUAUAUCACUGAUGGUAUUAGAUAAUAUCGAUACAUUAAUAAUAUUUGAACGAUGGGAUGAAUUAGAAUAUAUUUUGAAAUAUCUUCUGGAUAAUAAACAAGAUUUUUUCAAUCAAGAUACUGUGGUACAAGUGUUUGAAACUUGUAUUCGUCAUUUAGGUGGAUUAUUAUCGGCUCAUUUAUUAUUAACCGACAUUACCAAUAAACCAAUCACAUUAUCAACAAAAUAUCAACCAUUACGUGAAAUUUCAAACAAAUAUAAUGGGUUUUUAUUGGACAUGGCUCAUGAUUUAGGAUUAAGAUUAAUUCCUUCUUAUCAAACAUCAACGACAAAUAUCCCAUUACCAAGAAUUAAUUUAGCUUAUGGUUUGAAAAAAGUCCCACCCAAAUUACAACGUGAUGCAUGUACUUCAGGGGUAAUGACUCCAGUUUUAGAAUUCACUUUAUUAUCAAGAUUAACUGGAGAUCGACAAUUUGAAUAUUAUUCACAAUUAUCAUUUUGGAAACUUUGGUCACUGAAACUGGCAUUAAAUCUAUUACCUAUGACAAUUGAUCCUAUUGCUAAUCAAUGGAAAGAUAGUAUUACCGGAAUAGGUGCUAGUAUUGAUUCAUUUUAUGAAUAUGCUGCUAAACUGGCAAUUUUAUUUAAUGAUGAUUAUAUGUGGACAGUUUUCAAAACUUCAUAUCGAGCAUUAUUGAGUCAUCUGGCUCAAGGUGGUAAAGGUACGAUGAUUUUCCCUAAUGUGGGGAUUUAUGAUGGGGUUGUUUUCAGUCCUUGGAUAGAUCUGUUAGGAGCAUUUUGGUCAGGAUUACAAGUUUUAACUGGGCAAUUACAAGACGCCAUAAAGACUCAUGUGGUUUAUUUAAAAAUAUGGGACUUUUUCGAUCUGAUUCCAGAAAGAUGGAUAUAUAACCAUCAGCACCAUCAUCAAGGUAAUAAGAAAGUUAAACGUAAUAAGAAAAAAUUCAAAGCAGAAGAUUCCAUUGAUUUGGAAUGGUACCCGUUGAGACCAGAAUUUAUUGAAUCAACUUAUUAUUUAUAUCGUGCCACUAAAGAUCCAAUGUAUUUACAAAUAGGGGAAAGAGUAUUAAAUUUAUUAGGUGAUAGAUAUAAAGCACCAUGUGGAUUAAGUGGAUUACAAGAUGUUAGAACUGCAGAAAGACAAGAUCGAAUGGAAUCAUUUGUUGUUGGUGAAACUUUGAAAUAUUUAUAUUUAUUAUUUGAUACUAAAGAUGAAAUUUUCUUACACAAUUCCACUAUAAUGCAAAAUAAAAAUUGGAUUUUCUCCACUGAAGCACAUCCAUUAUGGUUAAAUAAAAAAAUCGAUCUUAUUGGUGAUUCUUUGACACAAUCAUCAAAUGAAAUAUCAUCGGCAAUAAUGGGUGAAAAACCUUAUCAUAAAAAUAGUUUAAAACCCAAUAAAGAUUUACUCAAAAUACCAAAUUCAGCGUUUAUAAGAAAUAUUACAUUACCUCAACCAGAAUUGGUUGAUAUUGAAGGUAUAACGGAGGAUGUAUCCCAUAUUGCCAAAAAACUGUCCUUUGCGGGUCGAUUUGAUACAUGUCAAUUAAAUCCUUGGAAUAAAUCUGUUGAUUCAUUUCUUGAAUCAAGUUAUUAUAAAUGGCCCUAUUUGUUUAAUGCUGAUUAUGCAUUUGAAAAUUCAUUUAGAAAACCAAGAUAUUUGAGUCAAACUAAUUUAGAUGGCAGUUAUAUUGAAUUAACAAAAGAAUUUUACAAUAAAUUUACUAUGUUCAAUGGAGCCAACUUGAUUUGUCCUCGUACUUCAACUACAGCAGUUUAUGAAGUGUUUUGGGGAGAUAUCAAACAAUGCGAAUACAUUGAAGUUUCAGAAAUUUAUCAUACCAAGUUUUCUAAUGAAUCGUUAAUGGCACCGGGUGAUAUUUGGAUACCGUCUUUGAACGGAUUACGCGUUGUAUUGGAAGAAUUGGUACCUGGGAAAGUAGAUACAUUUAAUAAUGUUGUUACUGAAGAACAGCUUCUUGCAUUACAGGAUAGUAAUAAUAAUGAAGACGAUAAUAACAAUAACGACGAUUACAGGAUUAGACUAGUAAAUUCUGGUUUAAGAAUUAAACGAGUCAAUGGUGUUGUUAUUGAUGAAGGGGUAACUUUAUGGACGCUACCAUUUGAACCACUGGAACAAUCGAAUGAAGAAGACGGGAUGAUAGGAAUAACUGAAGAUGCUAGAGUAGUUAUACAAGGUAAAGUAGUUGAAAAUUUAUUUGUUUGGUAUGGAUAG